GGGAGAGGGAGAGGGAGAGAGAGAGAGAGGGGGUUAAAGGCUGCCCAAUGCUGUUGGGUGCUGUGGUGUGAGGUACAAGCUAGGAUCGCUAUGGCUAACAAGAUGCUCAAAGCUAGUCAUAUAUUCAAUUUAGCGGUAUCUCCAACCUAGUAAAUAUUGAGUACAAAGCCAUCGGUACCAAUCCCUUCCGACCGCAGCAGACAUGGCAGGGAUUAUCAAGAAGCAAAUUCUGAAACAUUUGUCAAGGCACACGGAAUGGGAGGAGAACUUUUUUUUUCACUCUGUCACGCCGGACACGCCAUGGCUGACUUCAUGAUUUCAUGCAGUGUUAAGGUUCACCAAGAACCUGUCCCCAGACAAGAUUAACCUGAGUACCUUGAGGGGGGAGGGGCAACUCUCCAACCUUGAGCUCGAUGAAGAGGUUCUGCAGAACAUGUUGGACCUGCCUACCUGGCUGGCUGUCACACGCGUGUACUGCAACAAAGCUGCCAUCAGGAUACAAUGGACCAAGUUGAAAACAAGUCCCAUCUGUCUGUUUUUGGAUAAGGUGGAGGUAGAAAUGAGGACAUGUGAGGAACCACGUCCUCCCAAUGGCCCCUCUCCUAUUGCCAUCACAGCAGGCCAGAGCGAGUACGGCUUUGCGGAGAAAGUGGUGGAGGGCAUGUCUAUUAGAAUCAACUCCAUCACCAUCAAAGUCCAGGCUCCAGCCUUCCACGCAUCCUUUGAGUUGUGGCAGCUUCAGGGCAACAGCCUCAACCCUAAAUGGGAGCGCAGUGACCUCCGCUACACUCGCAUCACUGACCCAAAGAGAGGAGAGGUAUUGAUAUUCAAGGAAAUAAACUGGCAGACAUUACGUAUCGAGGCAGACGCCAUUGAGAGUGACGAUCAGGAUUUAGGGAGCACUCCAUUACGGCUCAUCACCAACCAGGGGCGCAUUCGGAUUGCUCUAAAACGCAGAAUAAAAGACUGCAACGUGCUGGCCUCCAAGCUGCUUUUUAUUCUGGAUGACUUGUUGUGGGUGCUGACAGACUCCCAGCUCAAAGCCAUCAUCCGCUAUUCCAAGUCCCUCAGUGAGGCCAUGGAGAAGUCGGCCCAGCAGAGGAAGAGCGUUACUGCAGAGUCCCUGAAGACUGCUCCCCCAUCACCUGUCCUUCAUAACCUUUGGACAGAUUCGCCACCUGCUCCUACCGGCUCACCCAACAACAUGAGUCAAUACUUUGAUCGCUUUGACGUGAAGGAAUCUUCAUACCACACCUUCAUUUCUCGCUUGGAUUUGCACGUAUGCAAUGACAGUUCUGCAGUGGCUGAAGAUAUAGAAGAACCUCCAGUGUUGCAGGGCGCCAUGCAGCUGACCUUCAGGAAGUUGGGCUUUGACUACUAUCCCGUCCAUAGACCUGCUGAUGGAUGUCGGCACUGGGAACGGCACAGUGGAGCCAUGGAGGCUCAGGCCCAGUGGGCAGGGAAACUGCUGCAGGAGUACCAGAGAAGAGCUGAGGCCUCCAACUUCCCAGGGCCACAUAUUGAGGUGCCUGAGCCUCACAAUAACACACCUGCAAAAAAAGCUCAAGAUGGCGUAACCAGUCCAAAGUCGAGGCUCUCUGAAAAAGAGCAGACAGCUAGAAGCCAGAGCUCAUCACUAAAGUGGUUGCGGUCGAGCUGUGUGGUGGUCCGGAUGGAUGACAUUGACAUUCACCAGGUGUCUACAAAGGGCCGUCAGAACAAAAAAACCAAGCCGUUGUUGUCAUGUAAUCGUAAAGCUCUACGUCUGCCAGACAACGUACCAGCAGUUCAUCUGCAGUUUACUGAAUAUUACUUUCCUAACAACCCCAGUUUCUCAGUGCCAACAUCAAACUUGUAUGCCCAGGUAAACGGCCUCCAGAUGUGUGUGGACCCAGAGAGUGUGUUGUGGAUAAAUCUGUUUUCAAGAGGGCUGCUUCACACUCUGGAUCAGGUCAAAGCUUUCUACCAUUUGCAAGACAGCAGCAUAGCAGACGAGCAUGUAGACGUUCGUCUGGAUGCAGCCCAGCUCAAGGUGAUAAUACCCCUGGAUUCUUCGAUAUUGGAUCAUCCAGAGCGUCCACAGUCCCUCUCUGUUACUAUACCUCAGAUGGCUCUCAGCAACACCCGCUACUGCCCUCAUGGCUCCAGAGCUGACCUCAACAUUACCUGCGACACAUUUGCAAGAUGUUCUUUCUUUCAGCCCACGCCACCCUGUCCUUAUCCGAGAGACCACAGUGCCUUCUGCGCAAUACCCUCCAUCUUCCUCCAACACUCGCAGGAGACGACACCUCCGCCAGCUGGUACAAAGCCACUACGGUCCCAAGAUGUCUGGUCCUUGAGCCUAUCCCGUGUCACUUUAGGUUUUGAUGGUGCUCGAAGAUUCCCGAAAGGCAGAACGCAACCUUUCAUUGAACCCUUUGCUAUGUCUGUAUGGAUGUGCCAGCCUUUUGCCUGGGUCAGUAGUUCAUGUUCCUCCUCCAUCCCCAGCAUGGACCAUCAGCCUUCCUCAGGACAACCUAAAGAAGACGCUACACUUGCCUCUGUUCACUUUAUGGCUCAUACCAUCACUCCAGUAAAGAUGUGGCUUAACCAUUAUCAGUAUGUCGCUAUGCUGAGAAUGAAGGAUACCCUUGCACGUUUGGGCGUGGAAUUAAGUCGGGAUCAAAGGGACAUUAAGCAGGCUUGUCGCCAAAAGACAAAACCGGUUACAGUUUGUCUUGCCUUGCUGAUGGACUCAGUAGAAGUGGGUCUCCUGUUGCCACCAGCCACCACACAGCCUGAGGAAGAGGUUCCGCACACUCCAGAGACAGACAGCCCCAGCAUAACAGACUCUGACAUCUCCCCCAGCCAUCACUCUGCAGAAUUGGUCCCCCAGGACAGUGGGUUAGAAAAUGGUGUGUCGUCCCUCAGCACAGCCCUCACUACAUUUGAAGGUGAACAAGACGGCGCAGUGGAGGAAGCAUGUGAGGCUGUUGAGGAGGGACUGGAAGGUGGCGCUUUGACCACCUUUUUGGAAACCCCUGUCCUGUCACCUCAGCUAUCACCCGGAAACUCUCCUGUCCUCUCCCGAGAAUCCUCCACCUUCAGCUUGGAGGGAGAGCUGUCAAGCGCCAUCAAUGUCACUAAAGAUGUGACCAAAGACGCCAUCAGUGCCUCACUGGACUUGACCAAAGGGGCAUUUUCAAUAACAAAAGAUGCCUUCAGCAUGUUGAGUCGCGGCUCGGGGAUGAGCAAACUGUUCAGUCCUCAGCCCAAGGAACAAGUCCAGUGUCCAGAAGAGUCCACUCCUUCUCUGGCAGCCAGCCUGCGGCACCAAAUGAUGAAACAGUCGCCUUCCCAGAAUUCAUUUGACAGCGCCAUCUUGGAUGGCAGUCUACCUGAUGAAAAUCUUUCUGUGGGCAGUGAUGUCAGUGACAAUUUUGUUGUUCUCAUGGAAUCAGACUCAUGUGGAGAUUCUGCACAUUUCAGCAACAAUCCUGCAGGCAGCCGAGCCAGCCCUGCUCCUGGGACGGAAGGAGGCUCUUCAGCUGAUCUCAGCAGCUCUCUGUCACUAAGUACAGAAGAUGUAUCUCCAGAUAUUUCCUCUGUGUUGCUUCUGAUUCUGAGCGGGACAGCCUGCACAAUGGAAGUAAAGGGAGAGGACCAGGUUAUUGCUGUACAAGCCCAGAAUCUGAGUUCUGUACAGAUGGGCAAUGUCAGGGUUUCUGAUCUGCUGGCCGGUCUCAUUCAAGUUCCCGUCGACAAGCAGAAUGGACAGAGUAUCAGGGGCUCUCCUGCAUUGUGUGUGCGAGCAGAAACUGGCCCAUCUGCAGUCAGGCACGCUGACACGACUGAGUCUUUGGGCACACUGAAUGUGAGAGUGCAAGACUGUCACGCUGAGCUGUUAGCCUCCACUGUAGCAAACAUUGGUCCUUUUCUUGAGGAUGAAUUCAGUGUCGAUGGUCAGCCAAUCAAGUUACAUUUGAGCAAUGUAACUGUUACUGUGAAGGACGAUAGCCCCAGAGUUUACCCAACAGCUCCUCAGCCAACCUCAGCCACAUUCAUUGUUGAUCAGCUACUUCUUGAGCGCAGUGAUGAUGGCAUCAUGAGGCUCAAAGCUGAAGGCCCGUACAACACAAACAUGUCCUGCUGCUCUGUUCAAAAGCAGAGUGAGAGGCAAACCCUGGAGUCCAAGCUUUCUGAUACCCAGCUAGCCCUCACUCGGGCCCUCAGUGACAGAGAUCGCCUCCUUCUGGAGAUCAAGAAGUAUGACCCCAAGUUUUCACUCUGAGCCCCCCCCUGUUCAAUUUGCUCCUGCUGAAGAACACAGUCAGAAACCAGCAUUACUCCUUCGGAGCACAUCUGGAGUCACAAUGAUUACAAGGUGACAUCGCCCAUAAAAUAAUGUUAAUUGGAAUACAAAUCGCUACUAAAGGCGAAAUGGUAAGAUAACAAUUGCUUAGUAAUAUGAUGGCGCUGUAUAUGAUUAUAAUGUUAGAGGGACAUUGACACAAUUUAAUCAUUUUGUAUCACAAUGGAUUUGGAAUGGAAGUCAAUCUAUUGAAAACCCCAACUAUAUUUAUAUGUGUUUCUCCAAAUGCACUUGAGUCUCUAUAAACGUAAUUUACAUUUAGCUGUGCUGUAUUUCCAAAUGGAUGAAUUGCAAUAUUUUGUAAAAAAUCAUAAAAGUAAAACUGGAAGUCUACACCUUCAAUUAUGUUUAAUUUCAGAUCCAUUGUGGUGGCGCAUAGAGACAAAAUGAUAAAAAAGAAUAAGGCCUUUGUCGAAAUAAACCAGAUCUCUCUGUACAAAUAGCAGUAGCAAGCAGAGGAGACAUCCCAGGUUAGUGGCGACUCACUGUUUGUCUUUAAUAUUUGUCACGCAGCAUGCUAGGUUAGACAGUGUUGUGCUUUGAAUUCUUUCCUGUUGAUAGUUUGUAGUUGAUCACAUGUCAAACCCCCACUGACACUCCCAGACAGAUACCAGCCAGUCAGCCGCUGCUCCUACACAAAUGACUAAACUAGCAUAGUCUGACUUUAUGUUGUAGCGUGUAACUGUGCCGUAGAUCAAAUACAGUAGCUCCAUAUUUACAUAUGCAGAAAAUGAUGAUGUAGCGUAUCAGUUGAACAUAAACUACAAAAUGUAGAGAAAACCAGGAACUUUUUUUGGUUUAAAAAGAUAUAUUGUGUGCAAGUCAAAGUUUGUGGCCAUCAUAAUGCUCUUAUCAAAUUCUAUUUAAAAACAUGUUGUAAAAAGUAAUGUGGUUAUAAUCUGGGCCUUGUUAUGGCUCCGUUGUAGUUUACCAGGAGGUACUGUACCUCCUACAAAGGGAGGGUGACGCCAUGCCUGUUUGUUUACGUGUGUGUGUUUGUUUAAAUAGCAAUUAUCAACACAUUAUGGUUCACUAUUGCUGCACAGUACUUUGGAGCCAUUUCAUUCGAAGACAGCUCGGUGGCAUUAAUUAUGCAUGGUCAUGCAGUGUGUCACAUAAGGCACACUUCUCAAUGUUUAAUUCUAUUGUGAAUUUAUGUAUUGCUAGACCAGCUCCAACGUUCCUUUUUAUGCAUUCAGCAUAAACACUGCACAGUGUAAAACUUAUUACAAGAAUGUGUUAUUUAAAAUGUGCUGUAUAUGUUGAUGUGUUCUGUGAUCAUAUUAUGGGGUUUUACCAUAGAAGGCACUUGACAUGCGCGCGGGAGACCUCUUGUGGUUGUAACUCGCCAGUGCACUCAUUUCAAGGCUUGCUACAUUUUCUUUGGUUGCCUUUUCUAGCAGUGAAUGGGGAAAGUGGGAUGUUACACUUCAAGCAAUAUAAAGUCUGGUCGUUUUCAACCAAAAACACGUCAAAGAGCAGUUAGAACACGGAUGUCAUGUCUGUACUUUAGAUUUUGAAUAUUACAAAGGGUUUCACUUGAACUACUUUCUGCGACUGUCUCAACACAUCCUCAAUCUCGAAGUGUGAUGUCUUCUUGGUUUGCAGCUGCAGUCAGUGAUCUGCAAGCAAACUUAUUACUUGAUCAAUUCAACAUCCUUUGCACUCCAUAGCGGGUCAGGGUUUCCAAAGCAACCUUUCCUAGAGUGUGCAAUGCAGAUAUGGCUAGUAGAGCAAAUUGUCAGAGUGUGUGUGUGUGUGUGUGUGUAAUGCAUGAAGUAAUGUCAUGAUAUUUUGUGGCUAAAAAUACACUGGAGUUUGCACUCAUUUUUACAAAAACUACUUGAGAGAAGGCAGGUGUGCCCUUGUGAAAUCUUCCAUGUGAUGCAAGUGUUAGAACCCUGUGGACAGUAUUUGUCAACUUGCUUAACAUAUGUCUUAAUCACUGAAGACUAAUAUGAAAUUGGUUCCAUGAACCACUAGGAAGUGUUGAGUGUUUUAAGAGAAUAAACGAACACUUGCUUAAC